GAUGGGUGACUGGAAGGGCUACAUCGGUGCAGUGCUGCGGGACCAGCGCAUCGACGACGUGGCCAUCGUGGGCCACUCAGACAAUCGCUGCGUGUGGGCAUCGCGGCCGGGGGGCCUGCUGGCGGCCAUCUCGCCGCAGGAGGUGGGCAUUCUCACCGGGCCAGACCGGCGUACCUUCCUGCAGACUGGCCUGAGUGUGGCGGGCCGCCGCUGCUGCGUCAUCCGAGACCACUUGCUGGCCGAAGACGACGGUGUGCUGGACGCGCGCACCAAGGGCUUGGACGGGCGCGCAGUCUGCGUGGGCCACACGCCACGCUCGCUCCUCGUGCUCAUGGGCCGGCGCGGCGUGCACGGGGGCAUUCUCAACAAGACAGUGCAUGAGCUGAUUCGCGGGCUCCGCAAGCAAGGCACCUAGCAGG